UACAAAUAAUGUUGGGUAAUGCUAAUAGUCUCUGCUCUGCAACAUGCCAUUGGAUAGAAUUGUAUAUUUCUCACUUGUUAUACAUCAGGCUAUUCACAGUGGGGUUAGAAAGCAUGUACAGUUUGGCACAGAAAAGCAUUCAAUUGAAACCAAUGGCCUCUGCACAUAAGUUGAUGGGGCUUAUAAUUGAAAUUCUUGGGGAAAAUACUGAGGUUGUUUUAGCAGAAUGCUUGAAAGGAUUUGGUCCUUGGAUGGUUGCCCAUGCCAUAGAGUUGUUGACUGCUGGGACUGACCAUGCAGAAAUGUGUUGUUAACUUUUUUAACGUAAG